ACCCGCAAGACAGGUCAAAAAUAGACAGGACCCCCAGUAUACUUUACAAAACCCUGUGCGCCGAGUGCCCUUCUUGGUAUUUUGGCGAAACAAGAAACAUGCCAGAAUGACUCAAACAACACGCCAAUGAUGUCCGGAAGCUGAAGAAUAGAGCGAAGUGCCGUCACCAAGCAUUGUGAGACGUUUGACAAGCCAGAUAAAUUUCAACCAUAUGACCAUCCUAGAAAGUGAGACUAACUGGAGCAGAAGGUGAAGUUCUUAAAAAUUCGCAGAAUUAGGGGUGAACGAGCUGACUGUGAUUGCAGGCGGCAAACUUCCAUUUAUGUUUUAAAGGGUGGCUUGGAGUAGCCCAUUCAUGUUGGGAGGAUUAUAAGGGCGACCGGAAAGGCACACAAGGCUAUUCUUAGAGCGCUGCAGGACAGUUCGCUAUUGUACGAUUGCGUGGAAGCUGUUGGCAGAGGUACUCAAAUUUUUCGCUUUCCUUUUUUCUUUUCAAGAAUUUCGUGUUUCAUUACCUUUCGACACUGGUACCUAGAAGCCAUUUUCAUUGUUGUAAAUGAAUGAUGUUGUGUAGGGGCAUUGUAGCAAGCAGGUUAUUUUACCAUAAAAACAAGCAGAAGUUGACCAUGUGCCAGCAUUUCAUUGUUAUAACCAAUAUAUUGUUAAAACUGGUAUCAUUAUAGGCCUGUAUAUCUGUGGUGUCAACGGCUUGAAAUAGGUGCCUAUUCUUGAUUACCGAAAAGAAAAAGCUCAAGCAAGCGCAUCCUGUGUGCCUGCAUUGCAAAAAAUAAGCUCGUUUCUGACUCUUCGAAUAAUUUACGACGUCACAGAUGUAUCACCAACUGUCAUUGAGAAAAAACACUGACAACAAGUUAAACCUUGAAUUAUGAUUUUUUGUGCUACAAGAUUCCUUUGUUGACAUGUUUCUGCUACUUUAAUUUAUAGCUCUAGGUCAGCUUAGACCUAGAGCUAUAAAUUACAACCCUAUGUGGCUGACUAUAACCCAUAGGCAAAACAAUGACCCAUUACAAAGAAGCUGCCCAUGCAUACUCUACAACAUGCACAACUUCUGACUUUUCAAUAAUUUGUAGCCAGUUCGUUGGUAUAGACUCCUUGUUCCACCCCUCGUACAUCUUGGACACAGCAGGGCUACCUCGAGAAACCUUGGCUCUUCUCUCACACUAACUGGAAUAGAGACUGGAAGUUCGCACAUCAACAAAAAGGCACUACCUGAAAAAUUGUGCUCAAUACACAUGAACUGUAAAGAUAUUUCUGCCACAAUCACAACAAAAGAAUAUUCCAGAAACGUGAUGCAAACCACAAUCCGCGUUGUCUUUCGUGUUGUCACUGCCCAUAAUAAGUGAGGACGUUUGUGGUGUGUGUACCAUUAUUUCAUGAACAUUUGGAGUUUCUGUAAAUGGCACCAGUAAAAUGGCAGCUCAAUCAGUUGGCAUUUUUCCCUUUGGUGUAAUAAGCUAUUAUAUAUCAGCUUAGAAACAAUCGAGCAAAGACGAAAAGAACAAAGUGGCGUGGUCAAGGCCACUGAGCUCGUGACCAAGCUACUGCAUUCAGCGUUCUGAAAAUGCAAUAACGGGACUUUAUAAUACUUGCGACGAAGGAAUGUGACCCUGCAAAGCAGGUUCACCCUGAAUGACAACACACAACAUCCAAAGGACUUCCGAAAAAGAUCCCAAUGUCCCACAUUUCAACAGGGUGGGUUUUUAGAUGUCCUUUGGACGUGUGUGUAGGGGAUAUCCCAACAGGGUAGUUAUUAAAAUGUCCUUUCUAUCUGCACAGGGAUCAUUCCUAAAGCAUUCGCUGUGGGCUCUGUUUGGGAGUUCAAGUUAGCGGUGAAUUCACUGUGUUGAAAAUUGGCCAUCUAUCGGAAACUACGAUUCUAACGGAGUUCACAGUUCGUGCGUGUGCACAAUUGUGUAUUUUCAUACACACACACACACAAAAAAAUAAACUUUGUAUCAUGCUUUUUGUGAAAUGGUUUAUUUUUUUUUUGCUAUAGCUGUCGCACUGUCGUUUCCCUGGAAAUAAAGAAACUCGUGGCAGGGCAGCACUAACUUUUGUGAUUCUAGCUCGCUGCACAGCGCAGCCAUUGCCAUCACCAUGAUCUUACCGAGAGGCGCAAUCAAGGUGAUAGUGACGUACUAUAACUUUUCUUUUUCCAAACAAAGUGAACACACUUUUAUUUCAAGUGUUAAAGUGUGCAUUAGGUUUUUUGUUUUGUGUUUGGGCUAUUUCGGGCUGAGAAGGCUAGGCGACCUAAUCCAAAGGGUCAAUGUAUCUAGGAGGCGUUGAAAGGGUAUAGGUGUAUCGCCAUUGCCAUCAAGUUGCAACAAUGGCCGCAAUGUGCGCUUAACAACGUGUUGGCCGGCUUGUCAGUGUCCAAAGAGCUCGAAGCUACUACAGUGUGCCUAGGUGAUACUGUCAAAGCCUCGUUGGCAUCGUCUUCGAGAAAUCUCAAAUGCACAUGCUGUGUUUGCUGCAAGAUCUUCCCGAUGUCGUCGUUUCUUGACCUCUUCGGUAAGCAUUUUACAUGCCUGAAUUACGGCAAUUUGCGCAUUUUUAGCACUUUCUUCUUUGUCUCCCCACCGCGUAGUAUUCUGAACUGGACCGCUGCAUCAAGCAUGGCAAGUGAGAGUAAGUUUUAUUUGUAAUGCGAUUUAUAUUAUCGUCCGCAUAAACUGUUGAGGUCACAAUUUUAUUUAUGCGAUGACAGUACGCUGUAGGUAACUAUUCAGUGAUUUAUAGGUGUACUGCUUUUGUCAGCCACGUGUGUUGACUGACACCGCGAUCGUAAAGCCCAUGGCUGAUGUGCCUCAAAUGACUACAUACCGGCGCGUGCGCUUUGCUGUGCAGAACAAUCUAAAUGAGAUACUGUUGGCUGGAGAAACAAAUUCGCUCUUAAUUAAUGCCUCCAGUUUUCACUGCGCUGUUGAUGGCACAGUAACUCUGCCGGCCUCAUUGUCCAACCCUGUUGCUGGGCUUAGUUGUCGCACACUUUCCGCGCUUGAAUUUCUGUAUGCAGAUGUGAGCACUGACGACGCUCUCAUUCAAGUAUUAACAGCCCUUCAGGUGAUCGCGGGCCUUGCACUUACAGUUCUGUUGAGGAGCCGAGCUCUCCACGAGGCAGCAAAUUUACUCAAGGAGAGCAAGCAAAUGCACUCUCGUUCAAAGAAAGGUUGCAGGUUUGGUGCAUAGAGAGAGACGUACCACAUGUUACUGUCACAGGUUUAUUGCGGGUUUUGCGCUCGCACACUUGCUUUUCGAGCUUCCCGAAAACUGCUAGGGCACUUCUAUUAACGCCAAGGUCAGCAGAAGAUGUUAGACCAAUGGGUUCAAGCCAAUAUUGUCAUUUUGGUUUGAGUGAAAGUCUUCAGGAUGCUUUAAAAAUUGUUAUGUUUGUGCCAGACCCAGUCAUUCUUCAUAUCAAUGUAGAUGGACUUCUUUUGACCAAAAGCACUCGAGACCAGUUUUGGCCCAUUCUUUGUAGAGGAGCAAAUUGUGAAGGCAGUACACCAUUUCCAAUUGGUAUUUAUUAUGGACAGUCCAAGGCUUUAGAGCCAAAUGUCUUCCUGCAUCAGUUUCUGUUGGAUAUGAAAGCAGCCCUACAUGAAGGUGUUUUUGUGAAAGACAGGGUUAUCCGUGUGAAACUUCGGGCAAUAAUUUGUGAUGCUCCAGCUAAGGCUUAUAUUCUUGGCACUAAGAGCCACAGUGGUUACUUCAGUUGUCCUAAGUGCACAACAGAAGGAGACUAUAAGCAUGGUCAUAUGUGCUUCCCCGAACUUGAUGCUCCAUUGCGAACGGAUUUGGAUGCAGGUCAAGAAGAUCACCACCUUUCGGAUACAAUGCUCAAGGAGCUUCCAAUAGACUUGAUUAAGCAGGUGCCUCUUCACUACAUGCACCUUGCAUGUCUAGGUGUCGUUCGUAAGCUCUUGCUGCUAUGGAUGAAAGGGGAGAAAACUUACAGAAUUGGGAAAAAAAAAUCAAGAGAGAGUGUGUCUGGAGCAAACACUGAAAUACAGCACUAUGUGCCAUCAGAGAUGUCCCGAAAGCCCAGAAGCCUUUCAGAUAUUGACAGGUGGAAGGGUUCAGAAUUCAGUCUUUUUUUGCUCUAUACUGGUUCAAUGGUCUUAAAAUCAAAUGUACCUCACCAAGCGGCAGAUAAUUUAAUGGCAUUGCAUACAGCCAUGAGCAUUCUGUGCAGUCCGCUGUCAUGUGCCGAGCACCUGGAGUAUGCAGAGAAAUUGUUAGUGCACUUUGUUAAUGUAUUCAUUAAUAUAUAUGUCAAUCACACUGUUUCACUAAAUGUUCAUUGUCUGUUGCACAUCAAAGAUGAUGUUCGAAUUCAUGGACCUCUGCAUGGAUACAGUGCUUUUCCUUUUGACAACUACAUGCCUAGGCUCAAAAAAUAUGUCAGAAAGCCUGAAAAGCCUCUUCAUCAGCUUUACAAUAGAAUUAUGGAAGAGCGAGCAUUGGCUGGCAUAGUAGGCAGAUCAGAAAGUUCUGUUGCUAAUAAUCCAAGCAAUGGGAACUUCACAGAAGCUCAAAAGCUGCUUUUAAGGCAUGAUAAUGGACCGCUUCCACUAGGUUGUGUAGGACCUCAAUUCAAAGGUUUCAAGUUCUCUCAAUAUGUCACUAUAAAAGUGAACAAGAAAGACUGCACGUGCAUGUUACAUGAUGAUAGUGAUGUCAAAGUGAGAAAUUUGCAAUUUGUUAUGUAGCCUAGAGCCUGUGCUUAUUGGGAGAAAGUAUCAGAAAUUGGAAGACCUUUACACUUAUCCAUGCAACUCCUCUUUCAUGAACAUAUUUUUAGCUUCCAAGUUUUCAAAGCUCUGCUUCUGGCCUGUUUCGGAUAUCCCACUGAAAUGUGUCAGGCUGCCUUUCAGGAGGAAAAAUGCUGUAUUUCAAAUAAUACACCUGCAGUGAUAUUUGUUAAAGUUCUAUUUAUGCUUUGUAAUUUUACUUCAUGCCCUUCAACUAGCUGCUUCUAACUUUAUAUUAUUUUUAAAAGGCAUGCGUUCAUACUUGUCUGAGACGGUCUCUUUCUUUCCAAGCUCAGCAGCCUGCCAUUAUCAGAAGUGUGGCUGCAGUUAGGUUCUUUCUGUCCUGUACGGAACUUUACUACAUUUAGUAUAUUUAACCUAUUAUAUAAGCUUUUAUGUAACCUUGAGCUACUAGGAACAAAGGAAAGCAUGGAAUGAAGCUGCAUAAACUAGUUGCUGUUUGUACACCCUUCUCUUUUGUAUUCCUUGUUGCUUUUCUUAGAUGUCUCAUUUGUGUGUUUUAUUAUGUCUUGCUUCUUCAUGUAUCUUGAGUUGGCAGAUUUGCCAUGGUAGAAUUCCCUGAAGAAGACGACAGCUUGGCUGUUGUGCAUGCGUCGUGGCUUAAUGAAAGUAGAAAUCAAAUGCAUUGGCCAAUCAUAAAAAGUUCUAGAAAGCUUCGUCGCGCCGUCACCGAAAGAGCACACACCAUCACUCACCUGACUGGGAGCAAACCAAUUGUGUGGUGAAAGGCUGGGCUGAAACUUAUGAGAAGGUAUCAGAAAUUCAACAACAUUUGGAAUACUAUUCGGAAAUGAGCAAGGAGGAAGAGUUGGGCCGAGGUAAAAGAAAAAAAAAACUGCCUUGCCUUGUGACUAAGACAGCCAACAUGAGACAGAUAGUUCAGGUGAAGACCACAGCUACAAACCAACGAAACCACCAAAACCACCUAAAAUGAUGAAAAAAAAUGAUGCCUAUAAUCGGGCAUCUUCUGGAAUGCCCAAAAAACCUGGACAACAAAAGAAAUAUUUUAAAGCUGCUUCUGGUAGUUCUGGUCCUGAGAUGCAGCAUGAGCAUUUUCAGUUUCGUGUUGCUGCUCCCACGAACCCGGCAGCAGGACAACACCUGGAAGCCAUGAACCCCAGACGUCGUGCUUCUGCUCCCGUGAGCCCUGCCGAAGGACACCAGCAGGAAGACAGUGUAUUUGGGAGCACACACCCCAGAAGCCCUGCUUCUGCCUCUGCGAGCCCUGCAGCAGGACAGCAGCUGGAAAAUGUGAACCCAAGACGUCACACUCCUGCCUCUGUGAGCCCUGGUCUCGGAUACCUGAUGAAUAGCCAACUAGACGAAACUUCAUCUGCCACUUCAGCAGUGCUGACCGGUCCACAGAUGUUUGCGUGCUUGACUGCUAAUGCAAACAACCAGGCAGAGGCAAUGCUAAAGAAUGUUGAGAAGGCAGCGAUGACUUGGUUCCCCCAUGCUGCUGAGAGAGCAGCAGCGGGCCAACGAAGAGUACCUACCAACGAAGACGAAGCUGGUUAUUGAUAGUCACAACA